GACCUUAUUAUGGCCAGGCCCUGUCUAUUUUAACUCGUGCUUACUUUACCAGUCAACCCCGCUGGCUAUCAAAAAUAGUGCAUAGUUUUUCUAAACGGUCGGCUUACAGUAUUUUUAUGGCAAUAAUGCUUUUAAAUGAGUCUAGCUGUGGCGCGCGCGCCAAAGUAACGAACUUUGAACAACACGUUUGAUACGCACUGAUGGGCAUCCAAAGUAAACACAUCACAACAGGACAUCAGAUCACAUUUUCAGCCUGGGCAAAAUAGCAUAAAACGGUCUCUUCACGCGCGCUCUCACAGUAGACGCUUGAGACUGCAAUGGAGUUAAAACAAGAUGUGAUAGUUGUGCUAGUGAUACUAUUUUGUUCUGUGAGUGGAGCGAUCCUAGAUAGUAACACAAAGCAUGACGGAAGGGAUUUAUUUGACAUCCUAGAAGGUCGAAUCAAAGAUUCUAAGGUUAUUACUGACGAAGACAUCGAUGCAAUUGCAAACCGAGAAUACGAUUCCGCCCAUGGGAGGAUUUUAGCUGUCAACAUGGCGCACCAAGCGAAGCAAGAAGUACUUCUGCCCGAUUGCAAAACGGCCGGAACAGUCCCGUGCAAGCGAAAAAUAGAAACAGGAUUUGGCAACAGGGAUGCUGUGGAGAAUCUAGGAACGCCUGACAAUAAUGUGUGGGAAAAGAUUGAUGAGGUCAACGAAGGUGAUGGAUUCCACCUAUACCAAGGAGAUAUUCAAUUGGACGAAGAGAUCGAGGAGGCCCUGGGGCUACCCGUCAGGUCCCGGUCUCGCCGCAACGCGCACGCGCCUUCCACAGCCGCUGACCAGGAAGAAAAGAGGAACGCAGUCAAUAGAAGAAAGCGGCUUUGGCAGACAAGGGUUAUUCCCUAUCAGAUACCUGGAUAUAUGGCUAAGAUUCGAGGAAAUUUUAUGAAGGCCAUAAAUGAAAUCCAAAGCAAGACGUGUUUGAAAUUCGUGCCCUGGGUCCCAGGGAGAUACAAAAACUACAUUCAGCUAAUCAACACAAAUGGCUGCUCGUCCAAGGUUGGACGUAGUUAUUACCAGGACGGCGCUCAGACCCUCUCUCUUGGUCUCGGGUGUAAUCACGUGGGUACCAUCAUACACGAGCUUGUACACGCCAUAGGUUUUUUUCACGAGCAAGCACGUGAUGACCGUGACAAGUACGUUGAGAUCAAGUGGGAAAACAUAAUACCCGGAUUUCAGGACCAGUUUGACAAGUACACGUUCCAGACCUUAGACCAGCUUGGCAAGGAUUACGACUACGACUCCAUUAUGCACUACGACCGCAAAGCAUUCACGAAGAAUGGCCAGCCUACAGUCGUUGCUAUAGGCAACCCAAAUAAAAAAUUUGGGGGGACUGGCGCUGCACUUAGCCCAAAAGAUGUCAUUGAGAUCAAUACACUGUACGAUUGUCAAACAAAAUUUCAUGGAUGGACUAAGUGGAGCGAUUUCCUACCAUGUGAUAAGGACGGCUACAAAAGCCGUGAGCGGUAUUGCUAUCACUCAGGUGACGCAAAGCGGCAGUGCGGAGGAAACGUGAACGUGUACGGGAUAGAGCGUGACGUGAGAAAGUGCACCGAGGCCGAGAAGCGAGCACGUGACGCCAUCGAUGGUAACUGGGGUCGCUGGAGUGAAUGGAGUUCUUGUAGCGUGACAUGUGAUAACGGUGUGCAGUCACGCCAUCGGUCAUGCAACGCUCCUGCGCCCUCCAAAUAUGGCAAGACGUGCGCCGGCAGUAACAAGCAGACAGCGGUAUGCACCGUGAGAAGAUGCAAAUUAGAGUGGUAUGACACAGAUUUUGAGACCGGUGCUGGUAUGUGGUAUAACAGCGGCGGUCAGCUUUCAUGGAGACGGCACAAGGGAUUCACACAGACCAUGGACACGGGGCCGAUGCGAGAUCACACCACGGGGGAAGGUUAUUACUUGUACGUCGAGUCCUCUGAGAACCAAGGCGCCAGGCCAGGCUACAAAGCCGUCAUUCAAAGCAAGCAACUAGUUGCCAAGGCAGCCGGCCAAUGCUUGAAGUUCUACUACACAAUGUAUGGGAGAACGUUAGGCUCACUUAGGGUGAUGCUUAAACAGCCAGGAAAGGCAUACCAUCAGAUCUUCGUCAUGCAAGGAGACCAGGGUCAGGGCUGGAAAUCAGCUGCCGUCACUAUUGAUGUGAUGGGGAAAUACCAGCUUGCUAUUGAAGGCGAAGUUGGGCAAAAGGUCGGCUACUCGGACAUCGCUAUCGAUGAUGUCUACAUCGAUGACGGAGUUUGCGGUUGCCAGGAUAAAUAUGUUAGUUGUACGACAUGGGCCUUGGGCGGCGACUGCAUCAAGAACAAAGAAUGGAUGAGCAACAACUGCCCUCGAACCUGCAAAACGUGUCCCUGCAAGGACAAAGUAGAGCACUGUGCCACGUGGUCUCAAAAUGGCCAAUGCGAGAGCAAGACGCGCGAGUACAUGAUUGACAAGUGCCCCAAGGGCUGCGGGAUUUGCCGUUCUUGUGAAGAUUCUACUUUCAAAGGAUCGUCCGAGUUUCAGUGUCAAAAGUGGGCAAAAGCUGGAGAGUGUCAGAGAAACACAAAAUGGAUGUUCCACUACUGCCCUGUCAGCUGCGGGAUAUGUGAGGGUGCACCACCUCAAUCAGCAAGUUGUGUCGACAAAAGCGAAGAGUGCCUUAGGUGGGCACUCAAGGGUGAGUGUACCAUGAAGAACCACGUUUGGAUGAAGGCGAACUGCCCAAGGAGCUGUAACGUCUGCAUCUGCGGAGACAACAAUCCGGAAUGCGCUAAAUGGGCAACGCAAGGAGAAUGUUCGCGAAACGCUCGCUUUAUGCACCAGAACUGCAAACGGAGCUGCAACAAGUGCUAGACGGACCAAGUGCUGUAGACAUUGUAGGGAGGGGGGGGGGGGGUUAUAGAAAGGUCGCGUCCCUGGUUAACCAGGCAGUAUUUGAGGAGAGGUCGCAAUGCGUUAUGGUCCAGCUCAGAGUAACGUCAUUAACACGUUAUGAAGAAGGAAACUUGAAUUUUUUAGGCCGGAAAACAAGAUUUGAGUGAAGGGAACGGGAUUUUGUUAACAAAACGGGAGUCUGCUUAAGUCAUUUUUCGUUUUUUAUCGCCCUAUUCAAUAAUCGGAUAAUUUCUACGUAAACUUGCAGGAAUUCGUGUUUAUAAUGGCUCCCUUUUGAAAAAGUAAUACAGAAACCAUCUUUUUUUUACUACCACAGGCUGCUCGCGCGCUAGACCAAGGCAUUUCACGAAAAAAAGCGAUAUACCUUCUUUAUAUAUUAUCUUUAGAAGAAACACAUUUUGGUGAGUCAUUUUAUGUCAGAAGGCCCUAUGUGCAGCCGGUUAUCUGAUGAUGACAGGCAACAGGAUAGGAAAUAACAUUUUACCUGUGGCUUGAAAACUAAUGCAUUUAACAUUUGUUUUAAACAAAUACAUAGACUUUCCCGUGAAA